CCUGCCUGAGCUGCCGAAGGAGGCGAUGCGCCUCUUAAAGAAGUGCGAAACCUCAACAGGUGGCUGGAGCUGCGUGAAGGCGAGGUAAAAACAUCACAACCCAAAUUCCACUAUGUCACCCAGACCUUUUGAGAGUCCUCCACCCUAUCGCCCAGAUGAAUUCGUACCUUCACACUAUUUACCAAGCAACAAUACAUUUGGUGGUGAAUUCCAUUCUCAGCCUAUGCACUCUCAACCAGCAUAUUCUUAUUAUCCGGAAGAUGAAGUGCAACGUUUCUACAAAUGGUCCUCCCCACCAGGAAUAAUCAAGAUCAUGUCAAUUCUCAUACUAGUCAUGUCUAUUGGGGUCUUUGCUUGUAUUGCUUCUACUCUGGCUUGGGAUAUGGACAUGUAUGGAACUGGUUUAGGGUAUUCUGGCUAUGGAGGUUUUGGAACCGGCUAUGGUGGAUACCUUGGCGGCAGUAGUUUUGGAAAUUAUGGUGGCUAUAAUAGUGGAUAUGGCGUUGGAGGAAAUUACAUUGAUCCACGAGGAGCAAAAGGCUUUAUGCUUGCAAUGGCAGCUUUUUGCUUUAUUGCUGGAUUGAUAGUUUUUGUGAUUGGUGUUACAAAGACUAAAAUGGCCAGGACAAGGAAAUAUUAUCUCUUUGUGAUAAUAGCAAGCUCUAUAUUGCUCUUCUUGAUGUUCAUUGCUACAAUCGUAUAUACACUAGCAGUCAACCCCACUGCACAGUCUUCUGGAUCAGCGAUGUACAAUCAGAUUUAUAUGUUGUGCAGCCAGUUUUACACACCCGCAACUACUGGGCUCUACGUGAAUCAAUACUUAUAUCACUACUGUGUGGUGGAACCUCAGGAGGCUAUUGCCAUUGUGUUAGGCUUCCUGAUUGCUGCAGCUUUGGCUAUAAUAAUAUUUUUCGCAGUAAAGACCCGAAGUAAAAUUGGUUAUUAUGGCAAAAUGAGUAUACUCUGGGAUAACGCAAAAGUUUAUGAUGAAACUCCUAAUGUAGAAGAAUGGGUUAAGAAUGUAAGUCCAACAGCCGUUUCCCCAGGGGCUGGCUAUCCAGAUCGAGUUGCCAGUUCUAUGGGAUACUCUGUUUCUGAUGCUCCUGCACAUCAGAUUCCCAAGGACAAUUACACAGCUAGUCCGGUACCUGAAGUUGUGGUUCCCUUAACAAAAGACCUAAAACAGUCCCAGUAUGUGAACCCCAGCAGGAACAAUGGGUCCGCUAAGGAGUCCCAACAGAAAAAGAAAAGAGGAAGAACAAGAAGAGCCAACAAUGAUAAUUAUGAUGCUGAUUAUACUACAGGUGGCGAAUCUUGUGAUGAACUGGAUGAAAACUGGGACAGAGAGUAUCCAUCUAUAUCAUCAGACCAGCAAAGACAAGCGUACAAGCGAGAUUUUGAUGCAGGAUUACAAGAAUACAAACAAUUGCAAGCAGAACUCGAUGAGAUCAGUAAAGAACUCUCUCGUCUUGACAAAGACCUGGAUGACUACAUUGAAGGCAGUGAAGAAUAUAAGGCUGCAGCUGACGAAUACAACAGAUUGAAGGAUAUCAAAUCAUCCGCAGAUUAUAAGAACCGAAAAGCACACUGCAAGAUGCUGAAGAGUAAACUGUCCCACAUCAAAAGGAUGGUCAGUGAUUAUGACAGUCGGAAGUCAUAACAAGAAGGAAACAAAUCAGGUUGCAUAAGAAUGGCAAUUUUCAUUCAGCUGGAAUACUUUUUUGUUGGACAAUAGUGGGAGAGAUCCUUUGUAUACUUUUAUAUACUUCAUAAUAUUUGUGCCAUGUUUACCAUGAAAUAAGAAUUCAGUAUAUGGGAUCUUUUAUACAAUAGUUUCACUGAGUCAAGGAAUUUUACCACCUAUGUUUUCAGGAUCAACAGUGGAAAUCUUGAGCUAUUGCUUUCCUUGUCUUUGCUAAUUCAUUCCAUUUUUCUCAGUAUAUUGCAAUCUUAAUUUCUGAAAAAAAUGCUAAAUGUUUUUCAUUACAUCCUAUAUAAGCUAUGUCCUUUAUCCAAAACACCUGUCUUCCUCUUAUUCUUAUCCAAUUAUAUAUAUAUAGGUUACUUGUAAAUAAAAAAAAUAGCAGGCUUUACUUUUAAAUGGUGUCUACAUGGCCCCAUUGUUGAUCAGCCAGUAUAAUAUAUUUUAUUGACUGUGAAACUGAUGUAAAUUUAUUCUGUUAAAAUCUCGACUUGUACUUUAAAUAUCAUUUUAUUACAGAAUUAGAAUUUUAGUACUAGUGUUUUUGACUUGACUAUCCAAUUUGUAACUUUUAUAAAAAUGCCUGUAUAUUAUAUUUGACUAUAUACUAUAUACUAUACUAUAUACAGAUACAAUUCUAUACAAACUUAAUGGGAAGUCCCAAAUCAAUGGAGUUUAUUUCUGAUAUUGUAUACACAAUAACCAAUCCUUUCAAAUUGCCAAAAAAAAUCUAGACUAUUCUGUAAAGACAUAUGAUACCAUGGCCAAAUGACAAAACAGAAGUAAAAGCAAAUGUAUUCACAUUAUGAGUAGUCCUUGUGUAACAACCACUCAUUCAACAACUGCUUGAAGUUACAGUGGUGCUGAACAAAUGAUACUUUUGAUCAAUCCUUGAAGUUUUGGCUGUUCCAACACCCCUAUAGUCAUGUGAUUGCAAUCUGAGUGGUUGCCAAAUGGCUCACACACCUAAAUGGUUGCAGUAUCUUGCAGUCAUGGGAUAGCCAUUUUAAACCUUCCCUGCCAGUUUCCCACAAGCAAGUCAAUGGGAAAGCCAACAGAGAAGGUUACAAGUUUUCCUGGUAGGUUGCUUAUGUCCUCCCCCACCCGGCAGAAACUACCUCUGGCCUGCCAUGUUCAAACCAUAUGCCCUCCCUAUCUGCUUGCAAACUGUCUGGAACUUGCUUAAUGACUCUUCAUCCUCGCUUAUCAACACCAAUGGGGGAGCGUUGUAAGGAAGUGAUGUGGUCACAUGACAUUGUGCUUUACAACUACAGUGGUUAGCAAUAAGAAUUCUGGUCUGAAUCACCAUUGUUAACCAAUGACUACCUGUAACAUAUUUAAUGUUGUAAUGCAAUAAUAAUAUUGAAACAUUAAAUAAUAUUAAAUAAUAUAAAUUUUACCAUGAAAACAAGUACCAUAAAUCAAGAGAACCUAAUUUUUAUACUAAUUCUAAUUCUCUGUUAGUUUAUCUCUGUUAGUGGGCACUCAUUUGACAAUUAUCUCUGGUGAUAAUUGAUUGAACACUGGUGCUGAUAUCAAACCUUGCAGGUGAUGGGAAAAUUAUAAGCACUGAAUUGAAAAAAACAGAUGCAUUCAUUUCGGAUGUGUUCCAAUGUUGUACCUCAUGAAUGGAACUAGGGAAUUUGUUUUUUUGGGUGGGUCCCUGAAACUGCUCGAUUUUAGGUUUCUGACAGUGGCUGCAUCCUGAAUUGGAGGUGGGGAGAGAUGAUGGGGAAUAAAAGGAAUUCAUGCCAUACAAUUAGCAGAGGUAUAUGAUGAGUCUAAACUAUGGGAUUGCAAACAAGUUUGAUUGUAGAGCCAUAGAGUUGGAAAGGACACCAGAUGUUAUGCAGUCAGAGAGUCUGUUGGACUAUGUUGCAGGGUCUGUUGAACUAUGUUUUUAAAACUCAAUUAAGACCAGUAGGAUUCUGUUAUGACUAAUAAGUCCCACACUUCGAAAUGUGACUGUUUGGAUCCAUCUACUGUACAUUUAUGUAAACACUGUAAUAAUUUUUGUUUUUAAAAAAUCACUUUUUUAAAAAAUAAUGGAAAUUGUGUUUAAAAUAUGUACCUAGAAUGCAAUAUCUACAUAUUGAAAGACUGGAUUUCAUUUUGCAAUUUGUGAUACAGUGUCAA